UGAAUGAUUCCAACGUCCAGUUCCUGGAUCAAGAUGAUGACGAUGAUCCGGAUACCGAAUUGUAUCUAACCCAGCCUUUUGCGUGCGGGACCGCCUUCGCGGUUAGUGUCCUGGAUUCCCUCAUGAGUGCGACGUACUUCAACGACAAUAUUCUCACCCUGAUACGCACCUUGGUGACGGGAGGGGCCACGCCCGAACUGGAGUCCCUGAUCGCCGAAGAAAACGCCCUCCGGGGUGGCUACAGCACCCCGCAGACGCUGACCAACCGGGACCGCUGCCGGGUGGCCCAGCUGGCCUUGCUGGACGGGCCUUUUGCAGACCUCGGGGACGGUGGUUGUUAUGGAGAUCUAUUUUGUAAAGCUUUGAAAACGUACAAUAUGCUCUGCUUUGGAAUAUACCGAUUGAGAGAUUUCAACUCAAGCACGCCUAGCCAAUGUACAAAACGUUUUGUUAUAGCCAACCCACCUUAUGAAUUCGAGCUGGUGCCGACCGACUGGAUCUUCUGCUUGAUGCAGUAUGAUCACAACGCCGGCCAAUCCCGGGCCAGCCUCUCCCACUCUUCCCACUCUUCUUACGCCUCCAGCAAAAAGAGCUCCUCGGUCCACUCUCUGCCGGCUACUGCGAACAGACAGAACCGCCCGAAGAGCAGAGACUCACGGGAAAAGCAGAACAGAAAAGAAAUGGUUUACAGAUGAAUCGGAUAACGCCUAUCCCAGAAACAUUCAAAUCAAGCCCAUGACCACCCACGUAGCAAAUCACAUCAAUCACUAUAAGUCUACAAGCAGCUUGAUUCCACCAAUCAGAGAAGUCGAAGACGAAUGUUGACUCCUAGAAGGACAGGACAAUCUGUGUGUGGUUUGUUUGUUUUUUAAAAAAUAAAAAAUAAAAAAGAGAGAGAGAGAAAGAGAGAAAAAAAAAGACACCUGACGGACUUCGUGAACGGUGAUAUAACAUUUAUUCCUCUUUCAUGCUGAACCUUUGGUGGGAAAAGUGAAAGUCUAGUAGACAGAUCUUUGUUUGUCUGCCUUUAAUAUUUGCUUCCAUGUAUUUUGGAAACUCUUUUCAUUUAUAUAUGAACAUAAUAAAAAAAAAGUCAUGUAUAGUCUCUAGCAUUUUAAAUUAUUUUUAUUUAUUAGAAAGAUGAUAUAUGAUGAAUAUAUUUCUUUAUUCAUUCUCAAGUAUUUUCCCUUAAAGAGAACAGCUGAAGAUUGUGGCCGGACUCCAUAUAUAUAUGUGGAGAAUGAUGGUGACAAAUUGAAGCAAAAAUGUAAUUAAGAGAGAGAAAUAAUGUAUUUUAAACAAGUCCACUUGUAUUUUAGUAAAUCAAAGAAGAAGAAAAAGAAGAGUUACUAAAAUGUUUUUUUUCUGGAAGACAUGUAUUUUGUUUAGCGUUGACACCAGCUCUUAAUAAACUAAAGUU